CUCGAUCAUGUGAAACAAAAUCGUUAGGUGUUUUUUAGAGUUUUGGUUUACCAAUAACUGCGUCGCACACACAUGUGACACCUGCAAGGUAGAUUAUUCGUUAAUCCAAUUUCCAUGUGGAUCAGUUGGAGUUGUUUAGGUUCGCCGUUGCACCGUUGCUGUUUGGUGUACAAUUAACUCUUGCCAUGCAUUAUCUGAUUACGGUAUUGUGGCUCUUCUACGCUGUUCCUUUUCUUAUUCUAGGUGAAGGAUUCCCUGGACAAAAUACUCCACCGGUGUUCGAGUUCAAGCGGAAAUGGUUGAUCCCUGAAAACGAAGCAGUCGGAACCAGGAUUGUCACAGUCCGGGCAAGUGACGAUGAAAAAGAUAGGUUAGAAUUCGACAUCGAACCAGCUGUCUUCUUGGAUGGCUCACAAUUCUUCCGGAUCAACAAGAAGACAGGAGAAGUAUUUUUAAUUAAAAGUCUCGAGGGCCAGGUGGGAAAUGACUAUUAUCUCUUUAUCACAGCUAAUGAUAGCCACCAGGUUGCAAAAAUAGAGGUUUAUGUUCGAGUUUUGGGGCCUGGUGGAAGUCCAGAUGAGCUUACUCUCGACGUUCCUUUCAGUACCAGCAAACCACCUUCUCGUGGGAGUUCCAGAGUACGGCCCUUUCAACAUUACAGGCCUAAUGCAAAUCCUCCCUACCUUCCCUCCUUACCUGACGCCCCCUCCGCCACCCCCUCUCCCAACGAUCCGCCCCAGAAAUUUCCCGCUGGCAGACUCUACCCCCCAAACUCCCAAACCCCCACCACCUCUCCCGAUUCCGUCUUCUCCCUUAGCGAAGGGAGCACACCCACAAUACGCACUAGCACUUCGAAGGAGAGCUCUUCAGAAAAUGGCAAAAAAGGAGAGCAUGACGAAAUAACUACUACUGUCUUGCCUAUACUAGCAGUUUUUGGAUUCACGCCUUUGGUAGCUGUGAUAUUUUGGAUAUUGUAUAAGAGAUGUCUGAAACCAGAACUCAGAAAACCGACGAAAGAAGAAAAAAGCAAAUUAAACGAUCUUGGCCCAUAUGCUAGCGCGCUCUAUCACACUCGAUCCCGAAAGAGUGUGUCUGUAGAAAUGUUUACUUCGGGUCGGCAACGGUGGGAGGUACCACGACACCAUUUGAAGUUUAUAGGACUACUAGGAGAGGGGUGUUUUGGACAAGUGUGGAAAUGUGAAGCGCUCAUAAAGAAUAGUCGAAACGACGAAGCUCACAUCGUAGCCGUGAAGACGCUGAAAUCGCACGCAACGGAGAAGGAGAAAGAAGACUUGCUGAAUGAACUUGAGAUAAUGAAGUUUUUAGAUCCUCAUCCAAACGUUGUUACACUACUAGGAUCAUGCACCGACAGAGAGCCCCUGCUCAUCAUAAUGGAAUACAUUCCUUUUGGAAAGCUUCAAACAUAUCUGCGCGAAACUCGGGCUGAACGAAUUUUCGGGAACCAAAACAGAACAUCCAAGUGUCUCACUUCUAGAGAUUUGACGUCAUUCGCCUACCAAGUUGCUAAAGGAAUGGAAUACCUGUCUUCAAAGAUGAUUAUUCACCGGGAUCUAGCAGCCAGGAAUAUAUUAGUAGGAGGAAAUAAAGCAUGCAAAAUAGCUGACUUUGGCUUUGCAAGAGAUGUUAUUGCAAGUCACAUCUAUGAAAGAAGGUCAGAAGGAAGGUUACCCAUUAGAUGGAUGGCUCCAGAAUCAUUGUUUGAUAACAUUUUCACUACCAAAACAGAUGUCUGGUCUUUUGGAAUCUUGAUGUGGGAAAUUGUAACAUUAGGUUCAACACCAUACCCUGGCAUGUCAGCACAGGAAGUGAUGCAACAGGUGCGUGGGGGUUACCGACUCGAUAAGCCAAGCCACUGCAAGCGUGAAAUGUACAAUGCUAUGUAUUAUUGUUGGAGUAAAGACCCACAAGAGAGGCCUUCCUUUACGGAGCUGACUGUUAUAUUAGACAGACUGCUUAUUGAUGAGCAUGAAUACAUAGAAUUAGACAGAUUUCCUGAACAUACUUACUAUAAUAUCACUAAUCUUUCAGGAGAAAAACUGUGAGCCUUUCUAUUGCAGUUGAACAGUUAUCAAAAAUUUUGUUUUCAUGACUAGUGUCAGAAUUAAGACAUUACUGAAAUAACUUACCAGCACUGCAGUUUUGAAAGUGCUCACACUAACUAAGGUGUACAAGUGUUCUGACCACUCUGUUAAGAAACCUUUUUGUACUCCUUAACAUACUGUUAUUUGCUGCCAAGAAGAAAACUGCAUACAGUUUUGUAAUAUGUUUUGUUGAAGACUGUUAAAUUGGUUAUAAUGCCUAGUGAAAUGGUGAUUAGACAUUUUGAUUCACUUCUGUUGUAUCUUCAUUAUGAUCUGAUAAAUACAGAUGGAAGUGGCUCCAAAUAUUUAAUCACUAGAGGUAGAUUGUCCAUAUUUGGAACUCUGUGUGUUGCAUGUUAGUUAAACCUUUUUUUCAAACAUGUUCUAUAAUUUAAUGUUACAUCAAAUUAUGAACUUUUCAGCCUUAGAUUUUCAAGAAAAGUUGUGUAAAAUUAGUUUGUAAUCAUCUUUAAAACAUUCUUCUCGUCAAGGCUCUGUACUUAUUGCAAUUAAUCUGUCAUAAAUACUUUAUUACUGGGAAUAAAGAAACUAAUACUUC